AUGAAUAUAACUCCAUUGUUGGACAGAUACGGAAUCGUGCACAACACCAAAGACGCUUAUAUAGGCGACAAAGUUGCACUAUUCUACGAAUAUAAAUUCGGCCGUUAUCCUUACUAUAAGGAUUAUAAUUUGUCUAUUCCAAUCAACAGCGGCACACCCCAGAAUGUUACCAGGGAGGAAUUGGAUGAACACAUUACAAUUGCGCUCCUUAACAUCACUGAUAAUAUAAAAUGUGCAAACUCCUCCGGUCUUGGCGUAGUAGACUUUGAAGAAUGGCGCCCUCUAUACGAUAUUAACAGCGUGAAGAAAGUGGUAUACAAAAUUGCGGCCAUAGAGCUUACAAAAAAGAAGUAUCCCGAACAAACGAAUUCCAGCGUAAUAAAUAAAACUGCAAUAGAGGAGUACGACAAAUCUGCUAAGGAAUUCCUUCUGGAAACUUUGAGUAAUGCGACAAAUGAACGUAAUAAAACUCUUUGGGGUAUGUAUGGCUUCCCAUAUUGCAACUACGAUGCAGGAUUCUUGAAGAAUAGCAGUCUGCCACCAACGCUUGAAGACUACAGGUGUAAGGAUACAUACCGAAGCUUCAACGACAGGAUGCAAUACAUAUUCAAUGCAAGCCAAGCGCUGUAUCCUUCAAUUUACCUCAAUGCAUCAACUCCAGAAAGGAACUUCCGAUACGUACAGGCUAUUAUGGCUGAAACGCUAAGAGUAGCCCGGAACUACACUCCUACACCACUGCCUAUUUAUGUAUACUCAAAAUUCGAAUACGACCCACUCAAAAAAAACUGCUCUUUCUACACUAAGGAAGAUUUGUGUAGUACAAUUGUGCUACCCUAUGUGAUGGGUGCUAAUGGCAUCAUCUUCUGGAGCAGCAGCUCUAACAUGAAAGACCGAUGCGAUAUUGUUAGAAACUUCACAAACACUACACUUGGACCUUUCGUAAAAGAAGUACUCAACGAAUCUAGAGUCAACGGAACGCUGCUGCCUAGAUACAACGAGACAACAAUCUUGACGUUCAACGAAACCUGUAGCACGUAUCUACCAAAGAUCGUCGACUUCAUAGACUCCAGAUGCCCCAAUUACACAUCCACAGCUAAACCGAUUACUACACAAAAUGGAGCUUAG